AUGAUUGACAAUGCAGAUAUUCAAGACCAAGUCAUUCUUGAGCUUGCGAAGUAUCAGGAUGGAGAUGGUUCAUUUGGCAAGGAAAUUGCCAAGAGGCAAUAUAAAAAUAAAAGUUUUGACCCAGCUAAAUGGUGGAUGAAUCAUGGAACUACUUCGCCUAACCUAAGGAAAUUGGCUGCAAAAAUUCUUGGUUUGACAUGCAGCUCCUCAGCCUGUGAAAGAAAUUGGAGUGCAUUUGAGCAGGUCCACACAAAGAAACGCAAUAAGCUCUUGCAUGACAGAAUGAAGGACCUUGUCUUCGUGAAAUUCAACUCCAAACUGAGGCAAAAGAGAGAGAACAAUACUAGAGACCCAAUUGUUGUAGAAGACGAAGACGAUGAUGGCAAUGAAUGGAUCACAGGCAUUAUACCAAAUGAAGAAGGAGAACAAGAGCAAGUAAUCGAUCUUACAGAUGUUGUACCUGGAUCCUCAUCACAAGGAAUGCCAGAUCAACGCAAAAGGAAGAGAGGCCCAGACAAUAGGAAGAAAAAGAAAUUCUUUCCUGUUCUUGAUGAUGAAGAGGCAUCUGCUACUUCCUCCUCUGAAGAUGAAGAUGAUAACGACACCAUUGUACCAUCCCCAUCUGCUUCUAAUUCUUCGAGUGAUGAUGAUUUGUAGUAAGAGGACGAGAGAAGAGAACUGAAGACGAACUGAAGGCAAC